CUGGCUGCGGCUGUUUUGUCUAUCGCUGCAUUCCUUGUUUCUGAAGCAGAUGCACUGGAAGAAAACUGCACCGACUUCCAGGGUGGAACGGUUAGACACGGCCUCCUCUACGUACCAGGUCCUGCGGUGUGCAGCUUGUGCGUUUGCUACCAUUCCGAGCCGAUGUGGUGCAAGGCCAUCUACUGCACUCCACCAUACAAAUGCAAGCGGUUUCGCGUCGGCGAGCGAUGCUGUGAAUUCGAGUGUUUGGACGACACUGAUGCUGACUGGAGCAGCCCUGAUCUCAUAAUUGCAUCCGGGACUUCCAAAUCAGACGGAGGAGUCUUGCUCUUUACUACAACGCUUCUGGCAGCCCUGAUCGCACCUUAGCCACUCCAAAUCGCAUCUUUGGAAGUCUGAUGAUCGACGUAUUCGCCAUUCCAGAGAGCUCGAUACCACAAGUAUAUAAUACAUUAAAUGUAUAUCCAAGAGCUGCCACGUGAACCUGAAAAUAUCGCAUAUCUUAGACAGCAUCCCCCGUAUGUGACUGUUUACAUCGUAUGGAUCACAUCUCGAUAUUUCAAGAACCGCUUUCAUGUCGCCCGUCCAACAUCACUGCGGAGAAGAAAUUCGUUGACGUAUUAUUCGAGAUGAACAUUUUAUACCGUGCAAAAUGCAGUGUUUGGUUUUCCAUGUAUUGAAGAAAAAUACAACAAUCUAUAACGAUGGGCUUGAUAAUUUUUGUUUUAUAAGGAUGAAGAUGCCCGAGCCAAUCUAAGAGUUUCAAUAUUCGAUUUUUUGUCUGUAAGACAGAAUAAAUCUGGCAUUUUGAAAGCUUCGCUUUGGUGCUUUUGGACAAACGUAAUGCUUGAAGUUUGAUAAUACAUAACCCGUUCGGAAUUACUUGUAAGAGUAGAGGAAUAGUCUUUUUUAUAUUUGAGAUAUGAGCACACGCCGCUUGUAGAUUAGUUUCAGAACAAGACGAAAGUUUGGUAACAUCGCAUUUAUACAAAGUAUAUUUUAUCUGUGAAUGUUCGUAAUUGAAGUAUGGCACGGCGAAAGGGUCUAAAUCUGAUCAUUAUGAUUUUUCAGGCGA